CUUCCGCUUCCGGGCAGAGGAGCUGGCUUCCGGUGGCGUGACCUGACUGCGCUGAGCCGGCGGGUGCUGGCGGCCGAAAUUGUGUUUGGGAUCGUGAAAAUAUUGCAACAUGGCUGAUGUUAAAGAAGCUAUUAACCAACUUGUGAACGUGAAUCUUCAUGUGAACCAGAGAUCUGUACCGGUGACAGAAACUGAUGUCAGAAGUGAGUCUGAACAUCUCCACGUCACUAUUGGAGCCACUGUACCAACUGGCUUUGAGCAAACAGCUGCAGAUGAAGUGAGAGAGAAAUUGGGGUCAUCAUGCAAAAUCAGCAAGGACCGGGGCAAGAUUUAUUUUGACAUUGCAGUGGAAAGCCUUGCUCAGGUUCAUUGUCUGAGAUCAGUUGAUAACUUGUUUGUGGUGGUUCAAGAAUUUAAAGAUUACCAGUUCAAAAAUACAAAGGAAGAAGUUCUAAAGGAUUUUGAAGAUUUGGCUGGCAAACUUCCAUGGUCAGACCCUUUAAAAGUAUGGGAACUUAACGCCAGUUUCAAGAAAAAAAAAACAAAACGCAAGAAGAUAAAUCAGAAUUCAAGUAAAAGGAAGAUGAUUGAUAAUGGACAAGGAGACAAAUUAGAUGAGAAUGAUGUUAAGAAAGAGUUUUCUGACAAUAUGAUAGGUUCGCACAUCUUGGACUAUUAUGAAAAUCCUGCCAUUAAAGAAGAGAUAAUAACAUUAGUGGGUGAGGACUUGGCAUCUUGCAAAGAUGAGGCUGAUGAAAGCUCAAAAGAAACCGAGCCCCGAGUGCUGAAGUUCAGAGUCACGUGCAGCAGGGCAGGAGAGAAGCAUUGCUUUACCUCAAAUGAGGCUGCAAGAGAUUUUGGAGGCGCUAUUCAAGAUUAUUUUAAGUGGAAGGCUGACAUGACCAACUUUGAUGUGGAGGUUCUCUUGAAUAUUCAUGAUAAUGAAGUCAUUGUCGGUAUUGCAUUGACUGAAGAGAGUCUCCACCGCAGAAAUAUUACACAUUUUGGACCUACAACACUUCGAUCAACUCUUGCCUAUGGGAUGCUCAGGCUCUGUGCACCUCUACCCACUGAUAUAAUAGUUGAUCCAAUGUGUGGAACGGGGGCAAUACCAAUAGAGGGAGCUACUGAGUGGUAUAACUGUUACCAUAUUGCUGGUGAUAACAAUCCACUGGCUGUGAAAAGAGCAGCAAAUAACAUCUCAUCUUUAUUGACCAAGAACCAAAUUAAAGAAGGGAAACCAUCCUGGGGCCUGCCCAUUGAUGCCAUUCAAUGGGAUAUCUGUAAUCUCCCAUUGAGAACUGGCUCUGUGGAUAUCAUUGUAACAGAUAUGCCAUUUGGAAAAAGGAUGGGCUCCAAGAAGAGAAACUGGAAUCUUUACCCAGCUUGCCUGCAGGAGAUGAGCCGUGUCUGUAGACCAGGGACAGGCCGAGCAGUACUACUUACUCAGGAUAAGAAGUGCUUUACCAAGGCAUUAUCUGGAAUGGGACAUGUGUGGCGAAAGGUUCAUACAGUAUGGGUCAACAUAGGAGGUCUUCAUGCUGCAGUUUAUCUCCUAAAACGUACAACUCAAGCUUUUGUACAUCCUUCAGAAAAUGAGAAAGAGGAACUUCUUAGUAAAGCAAAGAAUGAAGGUGAUUAAUACAUUUGUACUUCAGAACACUGAAUAUGUCAGCAUGAAGAGCUUCUUUGAAAGAAAAACAGAAGAGCAGAAUGAAGCAUUAUUUCAUCUCUUGAAGUUUACAAGAUGAAAUCUCUUAAGAUCUAUAGCAAGGUUUAUUAUCAUUUGCCUUAAAAAUUAAAAUGUCUACUGAUACAAGAACUAAGGGCUAGGAUUUAUUAAAGAAAUUACAUAGAUAUUUUAUAGGAUAGUUCUAUUUGUAAAUACUAGCAGCAAUACUGGUAAAUGAGUUAUAGAACCAACAAGUUAACAGUUUUCCUUCAGCGAAGUAUGCUGUAUUUCAGACCGAAUGGGAGCCUGUUGUGAACAUGUUAAAAAAAAAUGCUUGGGGCAUGGCGGAACUGAGAGCUCUUCUCUAGGAAGCCUUGAACUUCAGAGCACUGCAAAAAUAAAAUCUUAGUUUGGGAGCCA